ACACUCGUAUCUAUUAUCUCGUCUUUUUAUCUCCUGAAUGGUCUAAAACUAAGCAACUUCCACAAACAUGAAAACGGGUUCUGCAAACAACGAAAGCCUUCUGCUUUAUAACGUUAAGCUGUCGUCUGUGGUGCCAGCGACGGUGACGAGCGAGAUUAACAAUGUUCAUGAGCUGACAGACAUGGACUUGGCCAUGAAGCUCCAUUACAUUCAAGGGGUUUACUUCUUUACGCGCGAAGCAGUCGAGGGGCUCACGAUAGAUAAGCUAAAGGAACCCAUGUUCAAAUGUCUGGACCUCUACACCACCGUUUCAGGGAGGAUUCGGAGGUCGGAAACCGGCAGGCCAUUCAUCAAGUGCAACGACAGUGGCGUGCGGAUAGUCGAAGCGGAGUGCGACACGACCAUCGAGGAAUUCUUGGACAUGAAGAAGGAUCAGAGUUUUCUUGUUUAUAAUCAAGUUCUUGGUCCUGAUCUCGCUUUCUCCCCUCUCGUCAUCAUGCAGUUCACUUGGUUCAAAUGUGGAGGAAUCUCAUUGGGACUCAGUUGGGCCCAUGUUCUUGGAGAUGCAUUCUCAGCCACAUCCUUCGUCAACAUGUGGACCAAGAUCUUGUCUGGUCAAAUGCGACCCAAGUGUCUGCAACCAGUAAAUCUCGGGAAAUCCAAAUCCCCACCUUCAGUUCUGGAGAAUUUGGUUUCCACGAAAAGGGUGGACCCGCUGGGAGAUCACUGGCUAAUUGCCAACAACAGCAAAAUGGAGACAAACUAUUUCCAAAUCACUGCAAAACAGCUUGAGCACUUGCUAGCAAAUGUCUGUGCCGUGGAUCAAGCAGCCAAAAUCUCGCAUUUCGAAGUUCUGUCUGCAAUCAUAUGGAGAUGUUUAUCUGAAAUCAGGGAAGAUUGCGGCCCAAGAAUUAUUGCAGUUUGUACAAGUAGUUCUCGCAACAGGGAGAAUGAAUAUCCAACUAAUGGCAUGGUGCUACGCACAGUUGAAGCAGAUUUCUCAGUGGCAAAAGCUGAUAUAUCAGCAGUGGUAGAAUUAAUAGCUGAGAAAAGAGUGGAAUAUGGCAUGGGAAUGACUGAAGAAAUUGUGGAGAAAGAAAAUGGGGAGGCAGAUUAUAUAGCCUAUGGAGCAAACUUAACGUUUGUAAAUUUGGAAGAAGCUGAAAUUUAUGGAUUGGAAUUGAAGGGACGGAAACCUGUUUUUGUAAACUAUGCCAUCAAUGGGGUUGGUGAUGAAGGGGUUGUCUUGGUGCUUCCAGGAGCAGCAAAAGGCAAAGCUGAGAGUGGUGGCAGAGAUGGAGUGACAGUGACCAUGGUUUUGCCUGAAAAUCAAUUUCAGCUGCUAAGAAACAAGCUUGAGAGGGAUUGGAUGCAGUAAACAGGACUCACCAGAUUUCUGUGAGCAGAGAAAUGUCAAUCUUUGGUGGUGUUCUGCUUCUGCUGUCUGCUUAAUGAUUCUAUACCUGAAUUGUUUCUAAGCUAUAUUUUCAAUAAAUUAAACAGAUAGGUCUUGUAUUUGGUACAAAGAACUCAUGUGAUGAGACUGGCACAGCCUUCCAAUCCGAGGAGGUUGGUUUAUAUGUGAUUUUAAUCC